AGCUGCGCAGAAAAAAUGUCCCGCCCCCUUUCCAACGGUUCCCUAUGAGAGUGUCGCCACUCUGUUCUCUCUACCGCUCUGGUCCGAGGGUGGGACAGUGGCUCGGAGGGUAGCGAUGCAAGGCAAGAAGCUCCCGGGUUCAACCCCCAGGCGAGGCGGUCCAGGUCCUUUCGCUGUGAAGUUUGCAUGUUCUCCCGAUGUAGCUGUAGGUUUCCCGACAGUUCAAAAAAAUUCAAGUCAGGACGUGAUGGAGAAUGAUCUGCCUCAAACUGUCCGACUCCUCAGUUCUCUAACUGAACAGGUUGUAUCAGUAACCGGCCACAUUAGAGACCUGAUGAAGAAAGUGGAGCAGAAAACGUUUCUCACUUCAAAGGGUUUGUCGUUGCUGGACCUGCGGUAUCACCUGCUCCUGUUUUACCUGCAGGACCUCACACACGUGAUCAGCCUCAAAGCAGAAGGACAGAGUCUGCAGGACCACGGCGCCAUCCACAGGCUGGUUACUGUCAGGACCGUGCUGGAGAAGAUGCGUCCUCUCGAUCAGAAGCUGAAAUAUCAGAUCGAUAAACUGGUGAAAACUGCAGUAACUGGCAACCUGGCUGAGAACGAUCCGUUACACCUCCGUCCAAAUCCUGAGAACCUCGUCAGCAAGCUCGAUCAGGAAUGGGACGAGGACGAGGGUGGGGCUGGAAAAGAGGAUUUCGAGAGGAAGUGGCCUCCCACAGCCAGGAAAUACAUCCCACCCAAAAUUGCCCCAAUGCAUUAUGACGGAGAUCUGACUGAGUCGGACAGGCAGAAGGAGCUGCAGGAUAAACAGAGGAAAGCGGCGUUACGCAGUUCAGUCAUUCAGGAGCUCCGGCAGCAGUACAGCGACGCGCCGGAGGAGAUCAGAGAUCGGCAGGAUUUCCAGACUGACCGAGAUAUCAGAGAGGAGCAGCACAGGAGAAACUACGAGGAGUCCAUGAUGGUGCGUCUGAGCACGAGUCGAGACCAGAGAGCCAAGAAGAGACGCAUGAUGGGAAUAUCACAGCUGAACAGCAUCACGCACUUCAGUGACAUCACAGCGCUGACCGGAGGAGAAGCGGCGGAUACGGAAAGUUCCAGACCCAAGAAGAAAAAGAAAAUGCUGAAGAAGAAAAACAAGAAGAAAAUGUUCAAGAAGCGCAAGUAGAAAUUCUACCAUCCAGAUGAGACGAGUCUUCUUUAGUUUUGUUUUUUGUCUUGUCUUUGUUUUCAAAAUAAAAAAAUAUUAUGCAGUUGAA